CUACAAGACGCUUUUUAAUAGAUUUCAAUUUCAAACUAAAACUCCUGCUAUAUAUAUACACACGCAUAUAUAUAUAGCCUAUAUUUGCGUAUAUUAAUUUAUACAUAUAAUAUAUAUACACACAGCAAAAGAGAAAAAGGAGCGAUCAGAUACCGUUGCCAGGUGGAAAUUAGAGUAACACACACACACAAACAUAUAUAUAUAUAUAAUAUAUAUAUAUAAAUACACGCACAUAUAUAAUAUAUAAUAUAUAUUAUAUAGUGUUGUGUUGUGUUGGAGUCUUUGUUGUUACUAAUAAUAAUAAUAACAAUAAUCAUAAUCAGACUUCCUGGUAGAGAGAGAGAGACACACACACACACACAAACAGCGGAAGAAAUACCUAAUUAUCUAAUUACCUACGACCAUGGUGUCCGUAAGUGUUGCCUUAAUUGAGGGGUGGCUACCCUUCGUAGUUAUAUUAUUGUUAAUUCUUGUAUUUUCAACCUUCUACGUCCGUCAUUUCAUGAGUAAAUAUGACAGUGAAUGGAGUUCUACGAUGGCCGCUAUCGUUGGGCUGAGUGCAGCUCUUGUCACUUCGGCCAUAGUCCCUGUUGACAUCUUCCUUGUCUCCUACAUGAAGGACAGCGAUGGACAUUUCCGGGAGUGGGCCAACAAUUCCUCUGCCAGAGACCAUGUUAUGAACUCUGUUCUGAUCAGUUAUUAUGUUAUGUAUGGACUUCUGACCUUCCUCUUCUUCCUCUUCUUGCCAUUCAUGUAUUUUUUCUUUGAGGAAAAAGAUGAUAUUGAACAACCAACUGUGGCGACUAGAUGCUGUGGAGCAUUCAAAUAUACUUUUGUAUUCGUUUUAAUUGCUGCUGUGCUACUCAUCUUGGGAGCUUUCCUACCAAAACGUGACAUAGACAAUGCUUCAAACGCAACUGACUGGCAGAAAAUUGAAGACCUUUUGAAAAGCUUGGGCGAUAACCGUGGAGAAGAUGCUCUCUCCUUUUUAAUCAGUAGUUUAAGUCUGUUGGGAAUGUUGGCUAUCAUCACCUAUACAGCUUAUGGUAUGUCUGCCAUGCCAGUCCGGUUGAUAAAAGGUUACCGUAAUAUUGGCAAGGACCGUCUUGCAGCAGAACAGAUCAGAAGUGUCACGACCAAAAAUAUUGAUGCCAUCAAAAGCAAAUAUACAGGUCGAAGGUCAAUAUCCUCUCGUGACCAAGCUCGAAUAUCUGAACUGGAGGAGAAUCGUCGGUUUCUGGAGCGACAAGAGCGACACUUGGCCGAAGAACAGAACAGCUGCCUGAGAAAAUGCCUCCUUGUUUUUCGACCCUUCGAGAUCUUUGUGGGUGUUUUCUGCCUCCUGUUAACCCUUCUGAUCUUCCUCUCUCUUCUGCUAACCAAUAUUGACAAAGCAAUGAACAGCCUUGGUUACAAAAUUGGUUACGCUCUUCCUAAAAGCACCUUGCCAAAUCCUAUUGAUAUGAUUUUGGUUUUCAGCCAGAAGGUUUAUCCCUUGGAUUAUAUCAUUAUUCUCCUUAUCAUCAUUUAUUUAGUCUUCUGUUCCAUCUCUGGAAUUCGGAAUCUGGGUAUUUGGUUCUUCUGUGUUAGGCUGUACAAGAUUCGACCAUAUCGAACGACCCCUCAAGGGAUGCUGAUGAUGAAUAUGAUACUGAUGCUGAUAGUCCUGUCCAUUAAUAUAAUCCUUUUUGAAUUGACUCCUCAGUAUUCUUCAUUUGGCAGUGAAGUUUAUGUGAACACCACAUAUGUCCCUGCAGGCAACUCUUCUUCUACUCCUCCAGUUAUGAGCUGUAAUGUCGCUGCACCAGAAGAUCUCUGCAUAAUGACGAGAUUGGCAGUUCUACUCACCAAGUUCUUCUACACUAUGUGGUUUUUCGGUGCUGCUUAUUAUUGGUUCUCAUGGGUUUUCCUUGCUGUGAUUCCUAUUGGUUUUAUUAUUGUUGUUGUAAGACGCAAAAGAUCUGCCAUUGAGGGCCUUGUUGACCAUGACGACUUUGAAGACAGUGAUGAUGAUUUGAUCCACGCCUAAACUACUUUUAUUAUUUGCAUUCAGCAAGGAAUUUAUAUAUAUACAUAUAUAGAUACAUGUAUGUAUAUUACACACAUGCUCACACACACACACACCCUAAUAUUUAUACAUACGUAUAUGUAUGUGUAUAUAUCUUUUUCCCAAUUA